AUGAUUCCUUCCUUUCUCGCUUCCUUAUUUUUCUUUCCUUCCUACUUUCCUUCUUUAGUCCCUUCAUUCUUUCCUUCCUUCAUCAUAUUCUUCCUUCCGAAUUUCCCUCCAUCCUUCCUUCUCCUUAUUUUCCUUCUUUCUAUAUUCCUCUACGUUGCUUCCUGUCUUUCUCUCCUUUCUUUCUUUCUUUCUUUCUUUCUUUCUUUCUUUCUUUCUAUAUUCCUCUUCGUUGCUUCCUGUCUUUCUCUCCUUUCUUUCUUUCUUUCUAUAUUCCUCUACGUUGCUUUCUUUCUUUCUUUCUUUCUUUCUUUCUUUCUAUAUUCCUCUUCGUUGCUUCCUGUCUUUCACUCCUUCUUUCUUUCUUUCUUUCUUUCUUUCUUUCUUUCUUUCUUUCUUUCUAUAUUCCUCUUCGUUGCUUCCUGCCUUUCUCUCCUUUCUUUCUUUCUUUCUUUCUUUCUUUCUUUCUUUCUUUCUUUCUUUCUUUUCUUUUCUAUAUUCCUCUUCAUUUGCUUCCUGUCUUUCUCUUCUUUCUUUCUUUCUUUCUUUCUUUUUUCCUCUACGUUUGCUUUCUUUCUUUCUUUCUUUCCUUCUUUCUUUCUUUCUUUCUUUCUUUCUUUCUUUCUUUCUUUCUAUAUUCCUCUACGUUGCUUCCUGUCUUUCUCUCCUUUCUUUCUUUCUUUCUUUCUUUCUUUCUUUCUUUCUUUCUUUCUUUCUUUCUAUAUUCCUCUACGUUGCUUCCUGUCUUUCUCUCCUUUCUUUCUUUCUUUCUUUCUUUCUUUCUUUCUUUCUUUCUUUCUUUUCCUCUUCGUUGCUUCCUGUCUUUCUCUCCUUUCUUUCUUUCUUUCUUUAUUCCUCUACGUUGCUUUCUUUCUUUCUUUCUUUCUUUCUUUCUUUCUUUCUUUCUUUCUUUCUUUCUUUCUUUCUAUAUUCCUCUUCGUUGCUUCCUGUCUUUCUCUCCUUCUUUCUUUCUUUCUUUCUUUCUUUCUUUCUUUUCUAUAUUCCUCUUCAUUGCUUCCUCCUUUCUUCCUUUCUUUCUUUCUUUCUUUCUUUCUUUCUAUAUUCCUCUUCGUUGCUUCCUGUCUUUCUCUCCUUCUUUCUUUCUUUCUUUCUUUCUUUCUUUCUUUCUAUAUUCCUCUACGUUGCUUUCUUUCUUUCUUUCCUUCUUUCUUUCUUUCUUUCUUUCUUUCUUUCUUUCUUUCUUUCUUUCUAUUUCCUCUACUUUCCCGUCUUUCUCUCCUUUCUUUCUUUCUUUCUUUCUUUCUUUCUUUCUUUCUUUCUCUUCGUUGCUUCCUGUCUUUCUCUCCUUUCUUUCUUUCUUUCUUUCUUUCUUUCUUUCUUUCUUUCUAUAUUCCUCUUCUUUCUUCCUCUUUCUCUUUUCUUUCUUUCUUUAUUCCUUUUCUUUCUUUCUUUCUUUCUUUCCUUUUUCAUUUCUUCCUGUCUUUCUCUUUUCUUUCUUUCUUUCUUUCUUUCUUUCUUUAUUCCUCUUCGUUGCUUCCUGUCUUUCUCUCCUUUCUUUCUUUCUUUCUUUCUUUUUUCUUUCUUUCUUUCUUUCUUUCUUUCUUUCUUCCUCUUCGUUGCUUCCUGUCUUUCUCUCCUUUCUUUCUUUCUUUCUUUCUUUCUUUCUUUCUAUUUCUUCUUUUUAUAUUCCUCUUCGUUGCUUGCCGUCUUUCCUUCCUUCCUUCCUUCCUUCCUUCCUUCCCUACCUCCUUUUAUUCCUUCCAAAUUUCUUUCCUUUUUUCCUUCCUUCCUUCCUUACUUUCUUACUUCCUCGACUUUUCCUUCCUCCUUUCCUUCUUUAAUUCCUUCCUUUCUUCCUCGUUUCCUUCCUUCAUUGCUUUCUUCCUUUCUCCCUUCAUUUUUCUUUCGUUCCUCUUUUCCUUCUUUAGUUACUUCCUUCUUUCCUUUCUUCCCUAUUUCCUUCCGAAUUUCAUAGCUUCAUGUCCUUCCUUCCCUCCCUCCUUCCUUCCUUCCUUCCUUUUUUCCUUCCUUCCUUCCUUUUUUUCUUCCUUCCUAUCUAUCUAUCUAUCUAUGGCACAAGACCUUUUUCUGUUGGUUCUUCGUUCAGAUUCCGGCACCAGUUGCCCCACCCGUGAAAUAAGGUUUGUGAUUGACGUCUAUUCCUUUAUUCUUAGUCUUCCUCACCAGACUCCACCUUCCCUAAAUCCCGUCCCUUCCUCUAUCUUUUUUUGCUUUCUUUUUUCCCUCCUCCGGCUAUGUUUCCUUCAUCUUUUCUUAAUAGCACAAACAUACAUGCCAACAGUAAAUUAG